AUGUGCAUACCAGAAAUGCCCUCUGCCACCGCCACCGCUGUUACUGCUACCCCCCCUGCGUCCCUCAAGACCGCUGCUGCCCCCGUUGCUGCAGGCCAAAUCGACUUGUCGGCCCUCUUCGCAGUCGAUAAGGCCGCCCGCCAAGCUGCCGCUAAGGCUUUUGCCGCAACUGCUCAAAAAGACGGCCCUUCCGCCCUCCAAUCCAUCGGGUUCGGAGACGCUGUCGUCAAGGCUCUCGCCGACAAAAAAUCCCCUGCUACCCGUGAGGGCGCAGCUGAUGCCAUCCUCGCGCUCGUCAACAAUGGCGCUAUCAAGUCGCUUGAACCCAUCUUCAUCGACUCUGGCAUCUACAACGCCCUCCUCGAGGCAUUUGCCGACAAGAUGCCCGCUGUCCGGACAGCGGCCGUCGAGGCUGUGCGCGCAUACGUCGCUGCCAUGAACCCUUGGGCCACCGCGCUCAUUCUCCCCGCGCUCCUUCACGAGAUCAAAACUGCCGGCAAAUGGCAGAUCAAGAUUGGCUCCCUCGUCGCCCUCGACCAACUUGUCAAGAGCGCCCCAGUCCAAACUGCCCGCCUCAUGCCCGACAUCGUCCCUGUCCUCUCUGAGGCGAUUUGGGAUACCAAGGCAGACGUGAAGAAGGCCGCCCGGGAAUCGCUGACAAAGGCUACGGCUCUCGUCUCCAACAAGGACAUAGAACGCUUUAUUCCUGCUCUAAUUAAGGCUCUCAUUAAUCCUGUCGAGGAGGUGCCUAAUACCAUCAUGCUCCUCUCGGCUACCACAUUCGUUUCCGAAGUAGACUCGGCCACCCUUUCCCUCAUGGUCCCUCUUCUCUCUCGUGGUCUCUCCGAGAAGCUUACCGCCACCAAGCGCAAGGUCGCUGUUAUCGUUGACAACAUGGCCAAGCUCGUCGACUCUCAUGUCACUGUCCGACCUUUCAUCCCCAAGCUUCUGCCCGGCCUGAUCAAGGUUGAGAGCAUUAUUGGCGAUCCUGAAGCUCGCAGCGUCGUUAACCGCGCUAUCGCUACUCUCCGUCAAGUCGGCCAGGUUCCCGCCGAGUCUGACGGCUCCGAUCUCCCUGUCCUCCAUCACGCCGAUGAGAAGCAGCUUGCCCACUCCCUUGUUGCCGUUUACAAGAAGCUCGGCGGCACCAUCUCGCCCGGAAAUGUCGACACCAUGUACGCUGCCAACCUUGCCGCCAACUUGGUCAACGUCAAGAACUUCGAUGUUCCUGAGUGGGACACCCUCGCUCCGUACCUCGCCUUCGCCGCCUCUACGCCCGAGCCCAUCACCGUCGCUCGUGAGUGGGUCGUCCGCUCCGCUACCGAGGGCACCGAAGACGAGGAAGUUGCUGAGGAUGAAGAGGAGGGUGAAGAUCUUUGCAACUGCCAGUUUUCCUUGGCUUACGGUGCCAAGAUCCUGCUCAACACCGCUACUCUCCGCCUCAAGCGUGGCCACCGUUAUGGUCUUUGCGGAAAGAACGGUACCGGAAAGUCGACCCUCAUGCGCGCUAUCACCAACGGCCAGGUCGAAGGUUUCCCUUCCCCAGACGAGGUUCGCACCUUCUACGUUGAGCACGACAUCGACGGCAGUGAGGAGGACACCUCCGUUCUUCAAUUCAUCCUCAACGACACGCGCGUUCUCGCCUCGAAGGAGGAGAGCAUUGAGACCCUUGCAUCCGUCGGCUUCUCUGAUGAACGCCAGGCCCAAUCGAUUGGCAGUCUCUCUGGUGGUUGGAAGAUGAAGCUCGCCCUUGCCCGUGCUAUGCUCUUCAAGGCCGACAUUCUGCUCCUCGACGAGCCUACUAACCAUCUUGACGUUGUUAACAUCGCCUGGCUGGAGAACUACCUGACGAACCUCACUCACUGCACUUCGAUCAUUGUCUCGCACGACUCUAGCUUCCUCAACAACACCAUCACUGACGUCCUCCACCUGAACCGCUUCAAGCUCCGCAGGUACCGCGGUAACCUCGAGAAAUUCGUCGCCCAGGUCCCUGAAGCGAAGUCCUACUACACUCUUGAGGCUGCCGAGGACUACAAAUUCAAGCUCCCUGAUCCCCCUCUCCUCGAGGGUGUCAAGACCAAGGAGAAGUCGCUUCUUAAGAUGCGCAAGGUCGGCUUCCAGUACCCUUCCCAGCCCGUUCAACAACUCUACGACAUCACCCUCCAAGUCUCGCUCUCUUCGCGUGUCGCCAUUCUCGGUCCUAACGGUUCCGGCAAGUCGACUCUCGUCAAACUCCUCACUGGCGAGAUGGAACAGAACAAGGGUGGUGAGAUUUGGAAGCACCCCAACUUGGUCAUCGGUUACGUUGCUCAGCACGCCUUCCACCACAUCGACAACCACCUCGACAAGACCCCUCUCGAGUACAUGCUCUGGCGUUACCAGACUGGUGAGGAUCUUGAGGAGUUGCAGAAGGCCAACCGCCAGAUCUCGGAGGAGGAGUCGAAGAAGAUGAAGGAUGGUUCGCUCGUCGUUGUUGAGGGCCAGAAGCGCUUCAUCGACGAGGUCAUCACCAGGAAGAAGCUCAAGCAGUCUUACGAGUACGAGGUCUCGCUCAAGGGUCUCUCCUCGUCGGAGAACAUCUGGCUUCCCCGUGACGACCUCAUCAAGCGUGGUUUCGAGAAGAAGGUGCUUGAGGUUGACACCCGCGAGGCUCAGCGCCUCGGUCUACUUCGCCCUCUCGUUCGUCGCGAGAUCGAGAAGCACUUCGCCGACUUCGGUCUCGAGCCCGAGUUCGUCUCGCACAACACCAUGCGCGGUCUAUCCGGUGGUCAGAAGGUCAAGAUCGUCCUCGGCGCUGCUACCUGGCGUCGUCCUCACGUCAUGUGCCUUGAUGAGCCUACUAACUACCUCGAUCGUGAGUCGCUCGCUGCGCUCAUCGAGGCCCUCAAGGUCUUCGAGGGAGGUGUCCUCAUCAUCACCCACAACCGCGACUUCUCCGAGUCUCUAUGCAAGGAAGUUUGGGCCAUGCGUGACGGUCGUCUCGAGGCCUCCGGCCACAACUGGGUCGAGGGUCAGGGCGCAGGACCCCGCAUCGACAAGGGUGCUGCCGAGGAGGAGGAUCAGUACGACGCCAUGGGCAACAAGAUUGACACCAAGAAGGCGAAGAAACUCACCGCUGCUGAGGCCCGCAAGGCCAAGAAGGAGCGUAUGGCCCGGAAGAAGAGGGGCGAGGAUGUCACUGACGAUGAGCUAUAA